AUGUUGCCGUUAUCGCGGAGGUUGCCAUCAAUUUCGAAAGGAAUAAGUUGUGCAACUUCUUCUGUGAGUAACUGCCGUCUUUUUAUGUAAUUUUGUCGCGUAUUAAAAGAGAAAACGAGUAUGAGAUGUGGCGACAUGUUCUGGCAUGAUAUUAAGUUGGUUUACCUUAGUUGACGUGUGUAUUCGCCUAACAAUGUGAAAUUUAUGUAUUAUAGAAAAGAUUGUACGCCUAUGCAGCUUCUCCGCUUAAUGAACCGUUGGCAGAUACACAGACAGGAGCUGGAGAGGGUGUUGAUCUCACUCCCCAGAGUGUGCAGGUUUGUAAUGAUAAAACAGGAUACUUACGUUAUUCAAGUGAGAGGAAGUACUGAACACAGGGUCUCCAAGGUUCAGUUAAAGGGUCUGUUUGGUAAAACAUUGAACAUUGACAUGAAAAUUGCCGUCGUGACUCAGUUAAAAUAUACAAAGAAGUGAACCUGUCUUCCAUACCUUCAAAGUUCUACAUCCAACAUAGUUUGGUGCUCCUGCUAUGUGAAGGCAGGCCAAAGGGCAGUCAAUAUUGGAGAAACUGUAACAAAGAUCAUAAACUGGUGUCUCAUUGUCAGUGAUACCUCCAUCUUUUGUACAUAGUUAAACAAUAUAAGUCAUGUUUUUCCUUGAUACUUGACACACAAAUCUUGAUUCUUGCAAGGGUCCAAUAUAUAACCACAAAAGACAAGCCUGCUGGUUGUAAUAGCAGAAAAAGCUUGUUGUCACUUUUACCUACAAAUAUACUGUACCAAACCAAGGAGGUGUUUUCUUUUUGUGCUUAACAUGCUUUCAAAUCAACAUCAAUUGUAUAUUUCAAAUGCAAUUUAAUAUUUAUUUGAUAACCACUCUUGAACUUUAUAAAGAAAUGGGCCUAGUUUAGGAAAAUAAGCAUCAUGCUAUAUAUUGCAUUGCAAAUAAACUCAAUGACAUGUAUUCCAUGUUUUAAACUCAAAGUAUCAUAGAAGGUGUUUGUGAAGAAGAGUAAUAGCUGGUGAAUUGUGUAACUUUAGUGAUAAAACAAUAGAGUUUCUGAGCAGUAACUGGAGAAUUCUCCAUCUCCAUUGCCUAGUUCCCUAACUUCAAGAUUGCAAGCCACAUGUUUUAUUAGUAGUUCAUGUUGACACUUGGAAAUAAGUUAACUGUUGCCAGGACUCAUCACAGGAAAAGUUCAUUUUAAGUGGUGGAUUAUUUAAUAGUAGAUGACUAUUUGAGCCUGGGAACUUAAGCUGUAUCUGCAUGGGAGCUCAUUGGUGUUAUAUUGUGAAUUUAACACUGCUCACCUUUGCAGGUUACUACUUUGGAAAAUGGCCUGAGAGUUGCUUCUCUGGAGACACAUUCUCCUAAGAGUCGCAUAGGGUUAUUUAUUAAUGCUGCCAGUCGUCAUGAAACACCAAGCACACUGGGUAUUACCCAUGCUCUGCGUAGUGCUGCAUUUUUGGUAAGUAUUGGAUGUAGUUGAGAAAUCCAACUUCUAGUUCUUUGGAGAAAAAUUUUAUUUAAUCUCUGUCAGCAGUAACAUUUAUUCAUAGUUCACUUAUGUUGUUUCCAGGGUAAUGUGGACUAUUCAGGAUUCAGAAUUACAAGAGAGCUAGAACAUUAUGGAGCAACUCUAGAGUAUGUUAUCAUUGUCUCACAAUACAUUUAAGUAUGUUGUGUCUGCUUGUUUUCUAUUUUCACCCAUUGCAUGUAGAUUUCAUCUGAUUUACACUUUUCAUUUUUGACCUUAGAAGAUUCUUCUGCCCUGCAUUCUAUGAAUGUGUUUGUAAAUUGUGUAGCUAUCUAUAUUUUCCACUAUGUCGCCAGAGUCUUUGACAACUGUGAUAUUAUUUCAGGGCUACUUGUAACAGGGAGAACCUCGUUUACUCAGCAGACUGCCUUCGGAGCAAUAUGUAAGUGCUGAUUUGCAAAUAUAAAAUGUGUUUGUAGAUAAGACAAUAUAGCCAUUACUUAUUUUUAAACUAGUGAUUAAAUUCAUAGAACGGAAUGGAAUUAGUGUUUAUAUGGCUACUUGUAAAGGGUAAAAAUGCUCAAGAAUGUUCUUCAUUUGUGUGUGAAAAUCACAAUGUAAAGAAAGAUGUUCUUCCUUUUUUAUUUGUCUCCUUCGGUUUGUUUGUCUUUUGUUUUCAAACUGAGGUUGUGUGAAAAAUGAAGAAUGACAUCAGCCUAGCUGAUACUUUUGACAGUUUGACUGCCUUUCUAUUAAGAACUUUUUCCCAUUUUUAAACUAAUGCUCAUUAAUUUUGCUAAUAAUUUACAGUGGUUUGGUAGUUGACAACCUUGCCAACAUUGUGAAGAAGCCAACCUUCUAUGGCUGGGAGGUGUGUGUUUUGCAAUGAACUUUCUUACACACUAGAUUUACAUGAAGGUUUUCAUGAUUAUACAUGAUUGUUUUUGCGAAAAUGCAAGUGCCUUUUGGUGGACAGAUGCAUGUAUUCUUUUGAUUCCAGAACUUUUGUCUUUUUUAGGCUGCAAAGUAUAGAAGAAGAUACAGCGUUGAUUUGCCUUUCUCUCAGUGUUGCUAUAUUUGCAUGUAUGAUAUCUUCUUUUAGUUUGGAAAUUGUUUCAAUGUUUUAAUUCCUUUUGUUGCAGGUUGACCAGGUGAUGGAUCGUUUAAAAUUAGAUCUUGCAAUAAAAGAUGCUCAGCCACCAAUAAGUAUGUUCAACAUCAAUACACUCUUCCGAGUUUUAAGCUAUAAAAAAAUUAAGAUACACUUUCUCUAAAAGCAGUCUGAUGCAUUUUGGUUCAAAAAAAUCAAUUUUUAUUUUGUGAAAAGGCAAGCUUGGCAACUUGAGCCAAUUUUUGAGUAUCAAUGCUUUGAAAAAUUGGCCUUCAAGCAAAUUUUGCUCAGCAAAAAUUCAUCUUGCAAUGUUUGGAAGAACUGAGGGUAUUUCAGACAGAUUCCUGAGCAAAGUUUGAAAGAGAUCAAUUAUUUGAGCCAAAAUGCUCAGGACAGCCUUUGGAGAGACUGUCUUAAUUCAAUAAGUUUUCUUUUAUUUUGAUAAAUUUACUUGUAUCUUUGAGGCUAUUGCCUCCUAUAGGUGGCAAAGUCAUCAUGUUGUUGAGAUGAGUGUGUGAGUGAUUAAGUGUGACAAUAGAAUUGUAUUGUCCUUACCAGUUGGUGUGAAUUUAAACUGACAGUUUAUCUUCUUCUUUCAUGUACAUGUCUUUUACUUCUGUAACAUAAUCAAGUAAUAUGUUUAAAAGUCUGGUUUUCAUUGUGUGCUUAGAUGUUGUGGAAGAGCUUCACAGAGUUGCAUUCAGGUGUGUUCUGUCAUUCUUAUGCAUAGUAACUAUGAUAAUUUGAGUUAGUGUCAAGGGUUUUUAUUUUGUAACAAGUGAUUAGUGUCAUGUACAAAUGUAAUUGAGGAAUUUUCUCCACAUCUCAAUAUAAAAUAGCUCAGGUCUAUGAAAUUUAGGCGGAGAAUCUUGGAUAGCAGCUGGAGAAUUCUCUGAACUGCAAUGCAAGGCUCUCAAUAAGUUUGAAAGUAGAAGAAAAUUAAGAAAUGAUAGGAGAAUUCCUCAAAGUUCAGAUAAACUUUCAAGAAAAUUCCAACUGUGGAAUUGAAUCAUUUAUGUACAUCUAGUGCUGUUACUGGUAAAUUAUUUAAUCAACUCCAGUCAAAACUGGGGAAUGGUUGCAGAAUAAAUUUCAUCAGCACUUGUGAUAAAAUGGGGUGAAAGAAGUGAAAUGAAGAUGGCAGACUAGCCAGUGGUUAUGACCAGUUACUGGCUUUUAUUGACUGUUUUGCUUAAUAGAUUCAUAAUGUGCACACUAUGCUAAGCUAAGGGUGGCAGAGUUUGAAUUUUUUAUUUUUUUCAAUUUUUCACUUCAGGAAAACAUUGGGAAAUUCACUGUACUGCUUGCCACACAGAACUGGAAAAUUUUCUUCUGAAUUGGUGAGAACAUUUUAAAGUAUUUAUAAAUUGCAUGAAUUAAUUUCCUGUGAUUUAUUAAUAUAAUAAAUAGAGACCAGUGUUAAAUGUACAACUUGUUCAACUCAGUGUUCAUAACUUGCUCUACAUAACACUUCACAAGUGAUAUAGUGAUUUACACAUAAAUUGGUGAUAAUAAUACCAAGGUGCCAAUUUUCAAUAUGGCCACUGUAUGCUGUUUCACUGUAUGAUGUUUUCAAUAUUUCUGAAGAAGAAAAUUAUGAAAAAUGCAGUUGCUGUGUUAUAUUCAUUUGGGACCCAUUUUGGGGUUGUUUGAAGGGCAGGUAAAGUCAUCCAAUGGAUUAAUUUGAAUCAAUUUGAUAAGUGUUGAAAAAAUGUUCUGUACUAUCCACCUGAUAAGAGAUUUAUCCAAUGGACAGCAAUUUCUAUCCUUUGAACAUCUGGGGCCAGAUUAAAUUGUGCUGAGAGAAUAACUCUCAGCAGAGGCAAGCACUACUAUGAAGUAAUCUGGACAAUUUUUACCAUGCCUAUGGUGAAUGACUCUGAAAUACAUUUACUAUUUUGGUUGGGGGAGAGGAAGAGUUUGGUUGAAUUUUUAUAAUCUCAAGGUCUUAUUAGAAACUUUUAUUUAUUAUCAUUCAGCUAAAAGAGUAUACUCAGGAGUGUUAUGUGGGGCAGCGCGUGACUCUCGUUGGAGUAGGUAAGUUUGAAUUAGAGAUUGCUAGCUAUGAUCAAACACUUUAUGGAGCACAGUCAGCUUAACAUGAACAUGUGUAAAAAGAAAAGCUCAACAAGGUACUGUCUAUCAGGAUGUUGUCUUCUUGUAACUCUGAAAUGUCAUAAGGUUGCCUUUUGUAUUGAGGUGUGGUUAGAGCUAUUUGGAAAUUUGAAUUGUAAGUUGUACUUUAAGAAGGAAAACUAUUGAAAAAUAUGACUCAAGUUUCCUCUUAAACAUUCUCCUGGUGUGAUGUCCCCAUAAAAAUUAUUUUCUGAAAUGUGUGGAAAGUGUUUCAUGACAAUUUGUAAUUUAAACCUCCAAGUGUUUCAAACAAUCCUCCAAUCAAACAUAAUCAGAGAGUAAAUAUCAUAAAGUUCAUUGGAAAGGUUAAUUUGGAUGAAAUUGUUCACAAGUGACUAAUGAUGCUUUAGGGUUAAUGUAGUUGUAUGAUGCAGAAUAGCUGAACUCUUCUCUAAUGCUUUCCCAUGUGCUUUCACCCCCUAGUAGACACUAGGCUCUGAUUUUUUUUCCACAAUGACACAGAAUGAUUCAUUUCAUUCCACAGGGGUUGAUCACAGUCAGUUGGUAGACUGGGCCAAGUCGACUCUCUCCUUCCUACCCAAAGGUGAACCAGCCACCAAAGAAGCUGCAAAGUAUCAUGGAGGUAAGUUAGGAAUAUGUUUUAAAGGAUACAAGAUGAACCAAUUAAUGUAAUGGUAUGCAGUAGUAUUCAAACUUUGAAUUGUCACCUUGUUGGGAAGUGUGACAAUCUUCACAAACUCAAUUACCAAUGGCUGGCUCUGUGAACAGUGUGGGAAGCUGUUACUGCCAAGCCUCAUUUGCCAACCCCUUUUGUGUUCCUGAUGAGAGCUUGUUGUGUCUAAAAUGUUUGUCAUCCACUGUAAAUGAUGUUGUGUACAUGUGGUUUUAAGUGUUGUACAGUGCUGCCAACUCUAACUUGAAACAUGUAUGCCUUCCCCUUACAUCACCCAGCAAAGAGGUGAUCAAGAUAGACAAACAUAUUAAUUGAGGGGUUGUUUUCUUGACUUAAUAAUUAUUCAGGCUAAUUUACACAGGAAUGUAUUGCAACUGUAAGGGGGGAGUUGCUAAUUAGAUCCUGGGCAUUAAAGUACCAUAGUCAGUGAAGUUUCCCGAGAGAGGGUUUCAUUGAAGGCGCUAUUUAGUAGUAUAUUUAGAAAUGGCAACAGCAGUAUAAUGAACAAAGAUGUACCACUGUUUGAUGAAUUAUACUACAUGUGCAUGUAAAACAGGUAGAUUGCUUGUUCAUUCAAUACCACUCUGAUUGACUCUCUUAUCUUUUUAAACAGGAGAAGUUGUUCACUUUAGUUCUGGAUCACUUGUCCAUGCUGUGCUAGCAACAGAAGGAGCUAGGUUAGUGCAUAUUCACUCACAAUUCACAUAUUUAAACAGGUUUUUGUUUCACUUUUUUAUGGUUUUGACCCUCUCCACCAGGUUACCUCUACAUAGACAGUUUUGUUACAUUUUUCACCAUACUUUAUCCUCUUUGUGGAACUCAUUCCUUAUCUGUAAUUUUACUGAAUUUUUCAGCUUAGGAAGCAAGGAUCUUCUUACAUUAUCAGUGUAUCAGGUGAGGACUGACUCAUCUUUAAAUUUUUUACUUGUAAAUUUACUUUUGAUCCCACUGUUGUAUUAGAUUACUGCUAGUCUUUUCCAGUCAUAGCUGUCUGGGUGGCUGGUAAAAGGGCUGUAAUUUGGCAAUGGGUUUUUUAAAAUAUAGACAAGCUUUUUAUUGAGUAGCUGUUAUGUCAUGUUUGUUAUGUUUACAGAAAAUCCUUGGGGCAACACCUUACAUUAAGUGGGGAAGCAACUCAAUAUCAAACAGGUAUGGCAUCUCUCAAUCCAUACUUAGUAAUAUAUAUUUUUUGUCAUUUAACCCUAGAAACUGCAGAAGGCAAGAAGAUCAUAAAUCAUGCAAUUAUUGUAGUAUUAAACAAAUUGUGAGAUUUCAGAGGAACUAGUGUUCUUCCUAGUCAGCUCUUUAUUGAAUGCCAUGAUUUUUGAGAAAAAUAAUUUGAAAUUGUAUGGACUGGUUGUGAUGCUCAUGAGAGAGGCAUGAAGAAUGAAAACCAGAAGUUUGUUUAAUCAUAACAACAAUCUAGUCAUCCUACUUGUUCUAUUACAAAGUUUGGUAAAUCUUCAUGGUUUGUAUUGUUAAUGAAAGCUAUGUAACCUAGCCUUAAGUACUUGAUACGGUCACCUUCACUCGGUAACAGAAAUGGACAUUGUUCUCUUCCAGGCUUCUAAUGACUGCAAUUGAAUCCACAAGUGGAGCAGUAGCUGUAAGUUCACAUUUCACAUUUUAGUUUCUUUUCCCAUGCAACAAAUGAUUCUCAUUUGUAAAAAUUGGCAGGAGCCUUGCCUUUGAUCUUCUUUCUCUUGUGGGCAGAGUGGAGAUCAUUUCCCUAAUAUUGACUGGUAAUUGAGCCUGCAUCGAGACUUUGUCACACAGAAUGCAAUUUUUAAUGGAGUAUGUGGUUGUUGUGUCUUUGGGAGAUCAUUUCUGUAAUAUUGACUGAACAUGAAUCUCAGGAAAGGUUUACCAAAAAUAGUAGACUCCUUUGGCAUGGUCUACCUGUAAGCUUCAAAUACAGUGCUACAAACAAGGCUUCAAAAUGGUUAGUAACUCAAUGUUUUCAUUUCAAUUAGGCAUCAGCUUUCAAUGCCAGCUACUCUGACAGUGGACUUUUUGGAUUUUAUGUGGUUGCAGAGCCUUCAGAUGUAUCCAAGGUACAAAUUGCUUUUGUCUCUUGGUUAAUUUAAAAAGUUUGUUUGUUUUGUUUGGUUUUUUUCUUUUCAACUAAAUAACUUUGAGUUGAUUUAAAUUUUUUCUAACCUUGCAGGUUAUGAAAUCAGUGAUUGGCCAGUUUUCCAAAGCCUCUAAAGGAGAGAUCUCUGAUCAGGAGGUUACCAGAGCAAAGUGAGUCAUGUUAAAAACAACAGUGGUACAACUUACUUGACCUAUUCUCUCCCCCCCCCCCUAGUGGAGCAUUGCUCCAAGGAAAACUGGCUUCCAUCUUUCUCUGUGCUGGGCUGUCUUCUCAGCUAGAAGUGCCCCUAGGGGUAGCCUGCCCUGUCCAUCUUGUCGUCCCUAGUUUUUCCACAGCUGUUCCUGGAAUGACCUUGAUUCCUGUGGGUUCCAUCCUCCUGUAGGUGCCACCCCAGUGCAUGCUUGUAGACACUACAGUUUGGUUUUCUGAGGGUGUGCCCAAUCUAACUCCAAUUUUGCCUUCUGAUCUGGAUGUUGAUUAUUGUCUGUUCAGCUUUUGCCAUACAUUUCUUCAAUCCUUUUGACCUGUUUAUGGGGUAAAAUGUGUAGAGAGGAUUUUCCUCAAGGUGACAUGUCUACUCUUUCUUGACUAAGAGGGUGGUCAUACCCUUCCUCCCCAGGACCUACCUGUGACUUCUCCUUUCCAGGUCCAUUAAUAAGUUUUAUAAGUUUUAUAGUCUGACUUGCUGGUAUGAAAUUGGUGGGACUUGUUUUAUGUAAAUGACAAGUCUCUUCACAAUCUUUAUGUUCAUGUUGAUAUUGCCGCAGGAACCAGAUGAAAGCACAUAUUUUAAUGAAUGGCGAAAGUCAGGAGACGCUGUUUGAAGAUAUCGGCUCACAGGUAAGUUUUAGGUAACAGAAAUGGUCAUUUAUGCCAUGUGUAGGGAAAAAGCAUUUUGCUGGACUCAGAUGGGUCCUAAUUGUACUCUUAAGACCUUAAAGGAAUGUUGUCUCCAUCAGUUGUUGGGUGGGACUCGAGAUCGUAUAGGCGAUGCCUGUUUCAACCCAGUCACCUGAGGUGUACUAGUUUAUUUCUCGAGGCAUUUAAUUUUACAGUCCUAGGGGUGAAAAAAUCUAGCACCACACCUAUAUGGAGAAGAAAUGGACCAGAGUACGUUGCUUCAAAUUCGUGAACCAUUGGAAUUUUAUAGAAGAGUAACGCGGCAACGAGAUUGUUGUGCUCAUUUAAUCCACUGUACACAAUUCCACUUACAUCCAAGCUUAUUUUAUUCUGUGUAAUUCUGGUUAAUCUCUUAGGCUCUCACACUUUGAUUCUCACUGGAUACUUCUUCUUCAACUGCGGAAUUCUGACUGUACUCUAGUGCACACUGUCUACAUUAUUUUAGUCUUCUCUCUUUUCUCCCUUUUCUCUCUUUUCUCUCUUUUCUCCCUUUUCCCCUCUCUUCUAAGCAAACUCUAAAGAACUUGCUUAUAUAUUUACUAUUGACAGAUACGGGUGGGCAUGCCAACUGGCUGACCUUGAGAGAUCAAACAUUUGUUGUUAGAACGCUUAACCAAACAAUUUUACUAGACUUUCGAUCUGAACAACAAAGUACUUUAUCAUAAUAGUUUUGAUCAACUGAGUCAACUUCUUCAAAACAAGAACUUUCGUGUGGGUUCAAAGCUUGGUCAGUAACAAACUAAGCGCGUCCACUUGUGGAAGUGAAAAGGCUGUCACAAUGUGGAAACUCAUCACGACAGUUCAAACCGAAAUAACUUCGGAAGUCGAAUUCAUGCAUUCAAUACUCUCUAAAUGUAAAAGAAAAAUUUAGUCAUACUGAACUGACUGACUUACUGACUUACCGAUUAUAAUCUAACAGAAUGCUUCAUAACAGGUUAAAGUAAUGAACCGAGUACAAGUGAUCUUUCCUCACAAUUAGUUCAUUCAUUUUUAAUUUAUUAGAUAUCGACAAAAGGAAGUUACACAGCACCUCAAGAAGUUGCAGCUGCUGUUGACUCCGUUACAAAGGCAGAUAUUUUAACGGUAGGGAGAAGUUCACCUGCGAGUAUUGGUAGGGCUAUUUCUGGGGAUUCGUUGAGUUUAAGUCAACAGUUUGAACCAGUUUUAAUUGGAAAUUGAAAAGCAAAGACGUAUUGUUAACAGGGUUCGCACGGGCUCUGGAAAACCUGGAAAGUCCUGCAAUUGUAAUUUGACAUUUUUCAAGGCUGGAAAGUCCUGGAUAAAGACUGCAGAUCCUGGAAAGUCCGGAAAUCUGCUUAACUCAAGUAAUCGAGUUUUCGGAAUUAAAGUUAUAAGAAAUGUAUAUGGACCGUAAAAGGAAUUGAUUUUGAAAUCUUAAGAAUUGAAGGGUUUAAGGUGAAAAUUGGAGCCCUAAAAGAAUCAAUCUGAGUACUGGAAAAGUCCUUGAAAUUUGUUUUUGAAAAAGGGUACGAACCCUGGGUUAAGGAAGCACAGUGUUAUGAUGGUGAGGUUGGAUUUAGUGAUACAGCGCCGUUAUGUCGUGUUCCGGAGUAAGACACUUCUGUUUCGAGAGCACUACUUUCUUCCUCCGCCUUCUUCUUUCUAAUUAAUUGUUAAUCCUUUUUCCCCUUCUUUCUCUUUCCUUUAUGUAGUAGAGUUGAUGCGAUCCUGCAAAUUUUAGGAAGGCCAACAGAAAAAGUUUUAAGAAAGAUGUUUUUCGUCUUGUCACGAGUGUGGGAUAAAGAAUAAAUUCUGAGUCCCCAUGAGGAAUCGAACCCCAGACCUUCGGAUUUGCGCUCCGAUGCUCGACCUCUACAGAAUUUGUUCUUUAUCCCACGCUCGUGACAAGACGAAAAAACAUCUUUCUUAAUUCUUCACCGAGCUCAAAACUUACCAUCUCUACUAUUUCUAUCAGAAAAAGUUUUGUUGAAAUGCUAUGCGCUAACUCAUUUUAAUAGAGUGGGACCACACCCUCACCAAUUUAGACAAAGUAAAUGAAUCAUUUCGACAUCCCCUCCCCCUUUACUCAUAGUAGUUAAAAUGGUAUUUUCUCGUCGCUAUCAAAGGUUGUGGGGAGUGAGGAGGUGGUGUAGUGAAGGGGGAGUGAGUUGAUCGUUCCUUUUUGUUACAUCGAAGGUUAUCAUAGUAUUUUCAAAUGGGAGAAGUUCCUAAGUCUUGCAGAUGUCUGCCCUAAGACUUGUGAAGACCUUACCUUUGCUUAUAUUUUGUCUUCAUUCUUGUUCACAGGUGGCUAAACGCGUAUUUUCUGGAAAACCAUCGCUGUCAGCCAUUGGUGAUGUUUCUAUGAUGCCCGGUUUGGACGAACUCAUGUAACUUUGCGUUGACUGACACCUUUCAAUAAUUGUGUAAUACUGCGCAGUGUUACUUGUAAUUGAUGCAGCU